AUGUCGAGAUUUUCUCCCUACGAUAACAAUGGCGGAUCCUGUGUUGCGAUUGCUGGAGCCGAUUACUGUGUUAUCGCUUCAGAUACUCGGAUGUCCACCGGCUACAAUAUUCUCACCCGGGAUCAUUCCAAAAUCUACAAGCUAGCGGACAAAUGUAUAUUAGCUUCUUCAGGAUUUCAAGCUGAUAUGAAGGCCUUGCAAAAACUACUGGCUGCCAGGCACCUGAUCUAUCAGCAUCAACACAAUAAACAAAUGAGCUGCCCUGCAAUGGGUCAACUACUCUCGAACACUCUGUACUACAAACGCUUCUUCCCUUACUACACCUUUAAUGUUCUUGGUGGCCUUGACAACGAAGGAAAGGGAUGUGUUUACACGUACGAUGCUGUCGGUUCCUAUGAGAGGGUAGGUUACAGUGCCCAGGGUUCUGGUUCUGUACUUAUCAUGCCUUUCCUUGACAACCAGUUGAAGUCUCCAAGCCCUCUCUUGCUGCCUGCACAGGAUGCUGUGACUCCACUUUCACAAUCUGAAGCAAUUGAUUUGGUGAAAACUUGUUUUGCUUCUGCAACUGAGAGAGACAUCCACACUGGGGACAAUCUAGAGAUAGUGGUGCUCAAUGCAGGUGGUGUUCAUCGUGAGUUUAUGCCAUUGAGACGAGACUAG